CGCGAAGCUUUCCGGUACUUCCUCGUGUAGCGGGAGGAUAAAGCAGUGACGUCGGCGGACUGAUUCGGUGUCAACAGCGCCGCAAAGGCGAAGAAUCUCCGGCCGAGCUGGACAGGCAGAUACGACGCGAAACACACACAGACAGGGAGAGCGUGAAUUGUACAUUUAUUUGAAGCAGUCAGUCUCAUAACGUAUGCUUGGGGAAACCAUGCUUUAACGCUGAGAAAGAGAUUAGGCUGACGAUCACUCUGCAGCAGCGCAGUGCCUGGGCUUCACGUGACAGUGCGAGACUUUUAACGUCACCGUCCGUCCCGCGGUUUAUGUCUUGGAGCCGCGAGCACGCGCGCCCAUGGCCUCGAUAAACCGGGACGAGGAGCAGCGAUGGGUGCCGACGCACGUGCAGGUGCUGGUGAUUCGCGCCCGUGGGCUCCGCGCCAAGGGCAAGCACGGAACGAGCGACGCAUACGUCGUGGUGCAGCUCGGCAAGGAGAAGUACUCUACAUGCGUGAUGGAGAAAAGUACCGAGCCUGAAUGGGGCGAGGAAUGUUCAUUCGAGCUGCAGCCUGGUGUGCUGGACGACAGGGGCCGCGACGGGCACCCGGCGAGUACUUGCGACCUUACCUUCACCGUCAUGCACCGCGCGCUCAUCGGCCUUGACGUGUUCCUGGGCCAGACCGUGAUCGCGCUGGAUAAGGCGUUCCGUGAGCGUGUGUGCAUGAGAAACGAAUGGUACAAGCUUCAUUCUAAAACUGGCAAAAAGGAGAAAGAAAGAGGGGACCUUCAGGUAACGGUGCAGUUUACUCGCCAUAACCUGACAGCCAGCAUGUAUGACCUCUCCAUGAAGGACAAACCUCGGUCAGCCUUCAUCAGGCUGCGUGAGCGCAUGCGUGCACGGAAGCAUGGUGGGGAUGAAGAGUCCUCCUCAGCCAUCGUGCCAGGGGGUUAUGGGACAUUGGCACGCAUACGGGGCCGUCUGCCAAGUGAUGGUGGUGGAGAGGAAGACUAUGAGGAUGAUGAAGGAGGAGAGGUAAGACGAAGUAAAAUGAGGAGUUACUUCCUUCAUGGAAGGUUACGGAAGUCUUCAGACACGCGUUCUAGCACAUCUCUAGGUUCUGAGAGCAGUGAGUCAUCUUCCAGAGGGGGAAGCCUUAGCCCAACUGCUGGCAUCAGUGUAGUGGUUUCGGACCUCUCCAAUUCACCCAGCAACAGCAGCAACUUGACUGCAGACAACAGUCCAGACCACACAGUAGCCCCCUCACCACUAGUCUCCCCUGUUAGACAUGGGUUUGAUGAGGUAUGUGACCAUAGCAUCCCAGUGCCUCAUUCUCUGUCCACUGACAGUGAUGCCCCUUUUCUCCUGCCCUCUGUCUGUGUUAAUGGAAAUCCAGUAGAGACAUCUCCUCUUACUCACCAACCCCCCUCACUGGUACUUCAACAUCCUAGGCCACAGACAGAGACCCGACAAGAAUCACCAUACACUCCUUGGACAAGCCCACCAGAGGAAGGCAAACCCACUCAGGCCCAAACAGCCCAGCCCUCGGAAAUCAAACCUCAACCCAGUCCUGAGUUCCAGAACAAGCAAACUAAAGUGGAGUCUAAAUCCAAGCAUGACCUGCAGUUCCCUGCAGUAGGAAUGCUGCAGAAGGGCUCUGCACUCUCUUUAUCCUUGCAGAACCUCUCUCGCCAUAAAGAGGGCCAGCAGGGCGGAGGGCCUAUAGAAGGCCGCCGUUGGUCCUUUGAUAAACCAGGAGAAGAGGAGAAAGCGGCCAUAGCUGCUGCACUGGAGCAUGCCGGGUUGAUAGCCGAUGAGACAGUGGUGGAAACAGGUGUGUCUAUAAGCGAGAUAGAAGUUCAAGGCAAGAAAAAGCGAAGCUUGUUCUCACAUUCACAGCCUGAAAAAAAGGAAACUGGCAAAGCUCAGCCAGCUACAGAGGGAAGACACAGAGGCUGGUUCAGCUCUAAGGACCCAUACAGUAAACCAAGCCAACUGGUUGCUCCUCAGACAGACUCCAGCUCCAGCACAGCCCUUCCCCCUAUAUCCCUGUCCCCCACUGACUUUUUAGAGGGGAUGACUUACAAACACACUAACCCCUUCAAUUCCUCCUCAUUCAUCUCUCCUGCUAACCCUUUCUUUUCACUUCUGAAGCAGAAUCCAUUUUUCCAGGAGCUGCAUACUGUCACUCCUUUAACACCUGCUUUGCCCUUUCUCUGUAGCCCAGCCAUCUAUCAACCUGAAGUGCCUGCCUCAAGACCUGGACACCCCUCACCUCCUCUACAUGUAGUUGAAACUGGAAAUGCAAAGGGAGUCCUAGUGGAUGGAUCAUUACAAAAUCUUACAAAUUCAUUUUGCAGAACUGAUGCAUCGGAUGACACUGACAAAUGUAUCCAAUGGGAUGAUUUCAUUGGUGAUAGACUGAAGCUAAACUCAAAGAUUGGUACUCAGAAUGUGAGCAUCCUCCCUUCUCCCUACCUGUCUGAACCACCUAAUCAAACACAGUGUUGUGAAGGUGACCAAAAUAAAGUUCUGGAGUUGACCAAUGAAGGUGUAAAGGUGUCCGGUAAAGCUCUUGAAAGUGAAUGUAAUAUAACAACAGACUGCACUUUCAUUCUAGAUGCACUUCCUCAGUUUGAAGCUGAAGCAUAUUUUAUGCACUGUAGUACUCAGAAAACUGACCUCAAUAAUUUUGUUCCUCAAGAUUCUUCAGAAACUGAAUUUGACUCCUCACUGCCUCAUAACUCGAGCAUAGAUUUCUCUGAACUCAAUGCCCUAGCAUGCCCUUACCAAACACUUUCAAAUGGCACAUUUAAUAAGGACAACGUCAGCACAGCCUCAGUCUGCCAAAUAAAUAUUACACCAAAUGCAAUGUUGGUGUCAUCUGUGGUUCCUAAACCCUCAGCACCCAAUUCUGAAAUAUUAGAUUAUUUAGACCUGUUUGAAAAGUCUGAACAAGAAAUAGUCAAGUGCAUUUCCUCCAAGAGGCUGACAGAUGAUUAUACUAAAUUGUCUGCAGAAAUCCAGAAGACAUUGCUGCCUUCCUGUAAUUUUGAUAUUCUGGAAGCAUAUCCUAUUGUAACAUCUGAAUCUACAUGCAAGGGUUGUAAUGUCCCAGAAUCAAAGUCCUCCCCAAAAGGACAGAGGAACUUCAAAUCAGAUGGUGGUAUUGGAACAGGAGACAGAGAAGUAGAAUUGCAAGAGUCUGCCAUUAAAGAGGGAGCAUACUUGGAUGUCCAUCCAGCAGUAUAUCCAUUAGAGUUGUCCAUUCCCUUUGGACCUAGUGACUUUGUGUCACAAGGAACACUGUCAAUGGAGAAAGAUAAUUCAAGUAAUCCAGGAUGUGAAUCAUUAGACAGAAGUUUCGUAGGGGAAGGUUUUGAUGGAGGUUCUUCUAUGGACUCAUGCUGUAUGUCACUUACAAAGCAGAAAGUCAGUGAUUCACCACCUAAUAUAUCUACAUAUGAGGCAGAUGCACCAAAGGAUAGCAGAAUGACAGUAUCUUCAGCAGUGUCUCCUAAGUACGUUCUCUCUCAUAGCCUGUAUGAAAGUGUAGAUUCUGAGCAGUACCUCACCUGUAUGUCACAGAACACAGAAUCUCCUGUGGCCAAUUUUCAAGAAACCAAGCCAAAAUCUCAUUCGUCCCAGGAAGUUCUCUCAGCAAAUGACCAAUCUCAAAGAUCCCUGUCAGUACUGCAGCAACCCCCAGCUGAGAUUAUUCAAGAAGCUUUGCCAAGGAAUGGAGAUAUUUCUCAAUAUGGUCUUUCAAAUCCACCAGCAUCUCUUUCAUUUUUGCCAAAAUCUGUCUCCUCACAGAAUACUUUUAAAAAAGAAAGUGACAUUACAAAAGAGGCAUUAACAGGUACAGUUACAAAUGAAUCAAUACAAAAAUGUGAUCCCUUAAUGGACACAAAAAUGAACAAUGAUUUGCUACAUGAGAGAAGUCCAGAUAUCUUUCAGAUGAUGACAACAAGGGCAGGGGAAUUUCUUUUAAAGUUAGACCCAUAUACAUUUAUGGAUAAUGAUAAUUGCUUUACUGAGCCUCUGCAGUCCAAUCAUGUGCAAUGUGAUGGUAUUCUAGAGGACCCGGAGAUUAUCACAGAUUUUUGUCAGUCUGCUAAGAAUAUGCGUGCCUCUGAUUUUGUAUCUGAACCAACCUCUGGCAUUACUCAGGACUUGGUUAUGACAGAUUUGCUCCUGGAUAACAUGUUUGUGGCCCAGCAUGCUGUGACACGUUCUGUUGGCAUGAGCCCUGUCACACACCCUCUGCCUAUGGAGACUUGCACAAACGUGGAAUUGUACCCGCAUUCUAUUAAAGCAUCACAAAUAAGUAAAAAUAAACAAACGGCAACUACUGCAGCUUCUGUUCCGCAAGUGGGACACUUGGACAGUGCUAUACACUGGCCUAAUAUUCAACCACCUCUCUCUGAGCCCUCAAUUAUGGAUCAGCUGACUUCAGGGAGUGAUCUCUUGAUGAGCUCCCCCUUAUCUUUGCUUAACCUUUCACCACUAGCCUCAUCUACACCACAUGUAGCAGUAGGAAUUACCAGUCUGCCACUGUCCCCCUUUCCUAUGACAUCUGCUCCAGCAAAAACAUUGCUGCAUACUACACUGGCUACUACUACUCUUUCCCCUGCAUUUACUGCAUCGUGUGAUAGUUUUCCUCAGGAAGAACAUCAGGUAACCUGUCAUCUCAGCAGUCCACAUCCAGUGAAGCCUUUGACACCUCCAGAUGAGAAGAGGUCAGAAGGGUGGUCUAUGUUUGAGAAGAUCAAGUCCACCAUUCAUUCAGGACGAGGUCACCAAGGAGACCAGGAACAUGAAAAGAAGCUCUUGGUGGAGGGUGGAGGCUCCUACUACCAUCUAAACCACAGUGAGCUGGUGUCGCUCCUUCUACAGAGGGAUGGUGAGCUCCAACACGAAAGAGAGGAGUAUGAGCACCGUGGCUUGUUGCUAGAGAAGCGGGAGGUGGAGAUAAAGAAGAUGAAAGUUUUAAUCCGAGAUCUAGAAGAUUACAUUGACACUUUGCUAGUUCGCAUUAUGGAACAAACUCCUGCACUGUUGCAAGUUCGUUCCAAAAUGAAAUGACCAUAUAGUGAAUCAGCAAACAUUUCACUGUCACUUCACAAAUCUUCCACAACCCCUGGGCAGAAGUUGCAACCCUGCACUGCUACAAUGUAAAUGUAGAUUGAAGCAUUACUGAACAGGCACAGAAAUGAUAUAUUUGGCAUUCUUUGCUGUCUCAAAUACAGUGUCUACCAAUUUGCACCCAUCCCCUUGCCUUCCUGACUCCCACAAUUGUUAUUGUUAUAAGAAAUUCUGAGAAAUUUUACUUAGUUGAUGCUCACUUCCUCUAAACAGAUGUAUAAGAGAUGUGCAUCUGUCCAGCUAGUUACCAAAGCUGCCUGUCAGUCAAAGGAAAGUGUGGUCUGGUUUUUGAAAUCUUGGGUGUAGAAUCUUUGCUGCUUGAAAUAAUGUUAUUCAAAUGUUCAAUUUUAUUCUUCCUUUCUCCUCACGUUAAUGGGACCUAUGCCAUUUAAUCUCAUAAUACUAUGCUGCUUAACCCGGCCGAUUCUAUAGAUGUUGCGUUGGGGGGAUAUAUAACUGCAAAAAAAAAAAAAAAAGCAGAAUUGGUCAGUUCACAUCAGCUUGUGCCUCAUGUCAUGUCUUCCGCACUUUAAGCAUAAGAGUAGAGGCACACACUGAAAUAGUGGUUCCCCAGCCCGUCUUUGCCAACCAGUCCCACUCCCAUCCUGCUCGAGCUAACAUGCACACAUUGCUGCCAGUGCUUUCAGGUGUAAUGAACAGGAUAUAUACUGUUACUGCUUAUAUGCCACUCUGGUGAAAUGCCAAAUGCUGCCUUAUCAUAUGUCUCUGUUCUGUUAUUGUUGAAACCAUCACUUUUCAGCUCUACAUUUUAUCUUGAAGUGGGACUGUAAGGGACUGUGGGUUCAUACCUGGUUACCAACAGACUGUUAAAUCAGGUAAUGUCAUAGGCUAUUACUGCCUAAAGUGUUGAGCGAUGAACAAACAGUACUGUCACAAGGAGGUGGAUGGUUAUGGAAUACCAAAUGCCAAAGGUUGCUGUAAUUCAGUGUCACAGUAUUCCCAGUGCAACCAUGGCUCCAGUCUGUGUCGAUGUGCCUGCAUUGUUACUCUGAUGUUGCCACUAUCAGUGUUUUUUGCAGUGUAGUACCCUCUGUAGUUGUGUGGUAGCGGCCUGUGUAACAGCACUUUCAAACCACACAUCCACUUAAUAAAACGGUUCUUCCUCAAAAGCAUAAGUACUGAGCAAACACAAAUAACACGUACAUUUACACUGCACUAGCUCAUUCUCUGAACCUAAGAUAUUUACAGUAUUCCUGUGCUUACUGUAAUUCUUAUAGUCCAGCUAAGCUAGAAAAUCAGAGAUCAAUAUAUUACAUGUAACUUGUCAAAAACAAUUAGAAGCACUUAAGGUUUCACAUGUUUUGCCUCUUACUGAAUUAUGAUCUCUAGGUCCUAGGUUGUGAUUGGGUAUAAAUGUAUAAAUGGAGUGACUUGGACUGUGUCGUUUGAAUUGACUCAUGGAAUAUUAAUGUCAGUCAGAGACUAAAGUUUACAAUUCUUAAUAAACCUGUUGUUUUAUCUUCAUAUGGCCUUUUUUAAAGGUUAUAAUAUUUAAGCUUUCUUUUCUUUCUUUUAGUUUACGCUUUCACAUAGGUUAGUCUAAACUGUAAAGUUCUGUUAUCAAAGUUUUUUCUGUUAUACAGUAUGUUCACUUUUGGGUCACUUUUACUUUCCUACCUUUUGUUCCAUUUUAUCAGUUAUUAAAGUUAUACUUAUUAUCAUUUUUAGGUUUUACUGCCUUUUAUUUUUACACCCUGUUUGAGAAUAUGCUGUUCUAUGACUGUGUUUAUUUAGAAUGUAGGAAGCAAUAGUGCAGAUUGCUAGAGAACUGUGAAAAGCCAGAUGCCACCUGCAGUGCAGUUAGGAAGUACAAGUGCCCUUGACUUAAUGAUAUGUUGAAGAACGUGUCAGUAGAAUGAAUAUGGAAAUAAUUAUUUGUAUUGUUAAUUUGUUACUCUGAGCUGCAUUUCUGUAGCAGAACCUCUGAUAUAUUUGUUUGGAAAUAAAAACAAUUAUUUGUGUUAAUUCCAUUCCUACACUUUGUUCCUGCAAAUCUAAAAGGAAAAAAAUCAAAAAACAACCUAAAUUACAUCAUCCUUAUUUUCUUUUUAUAAAGAAAAAAUAUCAUACUGCAUUAUUUAAUAAAUUACUGGUAUUUAUUGGUUACAUGUAUACAAUGAAUACAAAAAGUCUACACACCCCUGUUGAAAUUGCAGGUUUUUGUGUUUUGGGGGAAAAUAAAAAAGAUAAAUUGCCAGAAACAGAAACAGUAACAUGGUUGCAGUAGUGUGUUUACACCCAGAAAUUAAUACUUUGUUGACAUACCUUUUUGGGUUAGAGUACCAGCAUGAGACAUCUAGACUUUUUAGAAUUUUCUCACUCUUGCUAGCAAAAACAUUCUGGAGGCAGCAGAUUAUAAAGCCAUCUCCUGUGCACAGCCCACUUCAGGUUACCCCAAAGAGUUUUAGAUUUCAAGGCUGGACUCUGGCUAACUCAUUCUAAAACUUUGUUCUUCUAUUGGUUAAGUCAUUUCUUUGUUAAUUUGGAUGUGUGCAUUGGGGGCAUUUUCAUGCUAAAAGUUGAAAUUCCUUUUCACCUUCAGCUUACAGUAACCGACACCUGACGGAUUUGCACUAAAAUUGACCGGAAUCUGUAGCUAUUCAUGAUUCCCUCUAUCUUAAUAGACACCCAAUUCUGUCAUUCCUAAAGCAUGAUGAUGCCACCACCAUGCUACACUGUGGGUAUGGUGCAAUUUUAGUGAUGUAUUUUGCUUAAACCCCUCUCCUUAUCUGUACCGUUCAAUAAGUGAGAUACCAUACAAGCUUUGUGGAUCAUGGUUUAGUAGUCAGCUUGAUGAUAUCAAGAACAGGAGAAGAAAAUCUUAACAGGGAAAACAGGGUUAAAUAGAAUCAUUUAAUUGUUGACAAGGUGUUUGAUUUAUUUUGAAAAUGAGAUUGAUUGUGAUUGGCCAUUCAUCAAACCCCGCCCCAAUUCAGAUUGUUUUUCAGUUCAUUUUUUUGUUGUAACUUUACAAUUAGGUGAAAGGUACUGACAUGAUUCAUCUUGUUUUUGUGUUUUUUUUUUUUACAAUACAAACCUAGUGGUGUGCAGAUGUUUUAUAUCCAUUGUAGAUAACUUUUUUCUUCAUUUUUUUAUUUCAUGAUUCCAUGAAUUUAUAGAGAGGACAAAUCCAGGUGAAGCUCCCGGCUGCUGACUACACAGGGUCUGAUCCACAGGGAUCAGAAAUGUUACAUUUUAAAAUCAAGUCUUUCCUUGAGGUGCUGUUUUUUGGGAUGUCCAGGGGUUGUUUUAUGCCUGUCCCUAGAUGUUUGCUUGUUUGAUUAUUGUAUUGAUAAUCGUAUUGAUGAUUGGAAGGGAAUAUUAAAAUCAGCUCUCUGAUUUGUCCUUUUGCAUCUGUCAAUGAAAUAAACUCUUUUCACUUUGGGAUGGCA